AUGUGUCAAAUCCAGGUUUUCAUCCUUCCUGACAAGUCUGAUACAAAUUUAUCGAAUCCCCGGAGGGAUGAAAAGCUUGGGGGAGUUCGGUGUGUGUGUGCCGCUGUGAUCGCAUCCACCAACGUCGCUGUACGAAUGAAAACAACAACAAUUGUCACCGUCGUAGCCGGCAUCACUGCUUUCACGACGGGAUUAUCCGUCAUCGUUGUCACUUAUCUCUUCAAUGACAUCAACAAUUUCUAUGAUGAAGCGAUUCAAGAAUUUUUAGACUUCAAGGACCUGGCAAAUUCUGUAUGGCACGAAAUGAAUUUAUCGUAUGAAGACGUCAGAGAAAAACGAGCUCUCGUUUCCGGAAUAUCACGCUCACGUCGACAAUGGCCAGCACAUUGUGCAUGUGGAGCAGCUCCUACAAUGUGUCCUGCAGGACCACCAGGCCCACCGGGAACAGACGGUAUACCUGGAGAACCUGGCCGAGCCGGUCUACCUGGGAAACGUGGCCAGGAUGGAAUAUCAAUAAGUGGCGGUGGAGGAGCUGGUGGAUGCAUUAAGUGUCCUCCUGGGCCUCCAGGACCGGCAGGACCCGACGGAUCUAUGGGACCACCUGGACCAAAUGGUAUGCCUGGACAAGCCGCAAGAGACGGCGGUCAGGGGCCACCAGGACCACCCGGUCCUGCAGGAGACGCUGGAACCCCAGGAAGGCCGGGAGACCAAGGUCCACCUGGCCGUCCGGGCGCUCCAGGACAGCGAAGCAUUGGGGUACCAGGGCCUGCUGGCGUUCCUGGACCACCUGGACCACCUGGGCCUGCAGGAGAAAGGGGUGCUGAUGGAGGUGCGGGAGAACCUGGGCCACCGGGACCCCCCGGGCGUCCAGGGAAUCCUGGAAGAGCGGGACCAGAUGGACCGCCUGGAAAUCCUGGUGUGGCUGGUAUGCCUGGAAGAGACGCUCAAUACUGUCCAUGUCCGCCACGUACUAUUGUCUACAGAGCUCUCCACAAAGAGGUUUUCACGAAGAAAAGGAGAGUUAAGGAUACGUUUCCUCUCUCCAAGCGGUUUCUUCCUCAUCGCAAGGGAAAGAAGAAUAAGCAAACUUCGCCAUGA